GUGUAGUAGGCAGGUUACCUUUUCUCUGUCUCUCUCUCUGGACUUGUUGCCUCGGAGCUUCAUAGCCCUAGCAGCCUCAUUCAUCCCCACGAUGAAGACCAUCACUGCUCUUGCCGUUCUUGCUCUAGUAGCCACGACAUGGGCUGUCUCUCCACCUGCAAUUGGGACAGCGGUGGAUUGCUCCAAAUACCAGGGCAAAGGCUCCAGGCUUGCAUGCACAAGGCAGUAUAAACCAAUAUGUGGCGCAGAUGGUAAAGUUUACAGCAAUGAGUGCAUGUAUUGUUCGCUAAGACAAGAACGAGGUGCUGUACUCAGAAAACUUCAUGAUGGGGAAUGUGUUAAAUGCACCAACUACUCUGAGGCAUGCACCAUGGAAUAUAUGCCUCACUGUGGAUCUGAUGGAGUAGUGUAUGCCAACAGAUGUUUGUUUUGCAACGGUGUUGUGAAGAGCCGUGGUGCCCUUUAUUUGGCCAAUUAUGGACAAUGCGAGUCUCGCUGAUGCUCAAGCUCACCAAGUUUCCUUUAGCAGAUUCCACAUAGAGAACCUGUUUCCCGGGGAUGCUGUGGGACAAAUAUAUGGAUUUAAUUCUUCAAUAAAAGAAUCUCAGCAGUAACUGUC